UGUGUUGAUGGGUGUCACUUAUAGGCAUGGAGCAAUUUCCUGACUGCAAACACCUCAGCAGCUCGCUUCUCAGUUCAUCUGACUUCCUCAUCAUUAACCAUGAGAGAUAAAAACGGCACAUCCUCUUUAUGUUUUUCAAACUGUCGUUGCUUAAUUUAGAUGGUGGGUUAGGGUCGGUGUAGAAAAUGGACAUUUUUGGAUGUUCAGAAUGAGAUUGUUGUUUUUACCAGUUAAGAUGGACAUUUGGUCACGUAAACUGCACGUUGCUACCUGGACCGUGAUGAAUUUUCUCUGUGUGUUUUCUCAUGAAAUGACUGUGAGGAACGUUGAUCUGAAGCUGUGUGAAAACGACAGGCAAGUGUGUGUCACUGACCUCAGAGACUGUGGCCCCCGACCCCCUUCAUCUGUACAGAAGACCCUGAACAUGUCAUGUUACUACCAGAUAUCACACAAAUCCAUGACAUGUGAGUGGAGUGAGGAGUUCAACAGCCAUGUCUCACUCAUGUUCAGGAGCAAGUCUACAAUCUAUUCCUGUCGGGGAAUUUUCAACCCUGUAGCCACCCUCAGCAUCACAGCCAGAAUAAAAAACUACAUGGGGAGUGAGAUCUGGUCCCAACCUCGUACUGUGGUUCUUUACGAUGUAGUCAAACCCUCUCAGCCUGUACUAACUGCACUUGGCUCCACUGCGGACUCGGUCGAUGUGUCCUGGGGAGGCAGCAGUUACAGCACCUGUCGACUUCGCUACACCCUCAACCGCACUCACACAUGGACCAAGGUUCCAGUUUCUGUUCCUGUACAUCAAGACCAGACACUGACCUACACAAUCAAAGGCCUCCUGCCAUUUACUCUCUACAGGGCUGCUGUGGCCUGCAGAGAGGAGUCUGGCAUUUGGAGCGACUGGAGCUCUGACGUCACGAUGAGGACACUGGACAGGGUCCCCUCCAGCCCUCCAGAGGUGUGUUACAGAGUCGAGAAAACAGACUCUGGUGGAUCAUUCCUCCUUCAUCUCAUGUGGAAGCAGCUUGACCUCUAUGCCGGAGACCAUAUCCUUGGAUACCAGGUGAGCUACGAGCCAGCGAAGAAGCAACGACCGUGGGACGGAAUAAUUCAAAAUGUCACAGAGGUGACAGCACUCCUGGUGGUGGGGGAGGAGAACUGCACUGUCACAGUGAGAGCCUUCAACACAGCUGGCUAUGGACCUGCUGCGCAUCUCAGCAUUGACACACAAAGACAGAACACUCUUCCCUCGGUCAGAAACUUGUGGGUUUCCAGCUUUUUCCCGCCAAUGAAAAGCCUUCUGGUCCAAUGGAAGAACCCCACAGCCUCGCCCUCUCUCCCUCCUGUCAGUCAUUUUGCUGUACAGUGGUCCUCUGAGACACAUCCAUCCACUAGCUCCUGGAAAACAGUGGACAGCUUCAACACCUCCACUGUCAUACAAGAUGUCGACCCUGAUGAGUCCUACAUGAUCAGUGUAAUCCCUGUCUACAUGCAUCAGUGUGGAUCUCCUCAGUCACUGUCUGCUAGUCUGCAGCAGGGAGCUCUGAUGGAGGUGGUAAAACUGAAGGUGGUAGCCGUGACCAAGACAACAGUGACAUUUGUGUGUGUGUGGCAAAGGAAGUCCGGAACAAUCAGAGUGAAUGGAUACAGAGUGAUGGUGAGGAAAGACUCGGAGAGACAAAAGAGCCUUCUCACCUUUCCCACUCUGCCUUUGUGGCCGGACCAAUGGCAGCACACCCUCCCCAAUCUGAAACCCAACACUGAGUAUUCUCUUCUCUUAUUGGCUGAUAAUGUUCCCAGAAACUCCGUUGAAAUCAGGGAAAUCAUCUCAGUGAGAACAGACUAUGAUGAGGUACCAGUGGUGGCUACAGUGACACCUCUGCUGCUUCUGGCUGUUGUUGUCUUCAUCUUCUCUAUCCUGCUCAGGACUGUGUUCAAGUGGUACUUCUUCCCACCCAUCUCUAGCCCUCGGGGUAGUACAGCAGGCCAGUGGCUGAUGGACCCAAAUCCCCAGAAAACUGCAGAGAGAAACAUCCUGGAUAUAGAGGACUUCCAGGUGACUGAUGUACUUGGGGAGAAAAGUCUCAUUAUGGUCUGUCCAAACUCCCAGCACUCCUCAGAGGAGAAUCUACAUGAAGACACCUCUCUGCUGUCGAACCGUCACCUCAUCAUCAAGACAACAGAGUACGUUUCUAAUGCUUCAGUAAUCAUGGAUCACCAACUGGUCUCUCUUCAGUCCCUUCAUCCUGACUACGCAGUGAAUUGUCAUCAUCCCGACAUAGUUUUCUUCUCUGAGGAGAGCCGAAAGGCCAAAGCUGCUCUGCUGCAUCAGCCACAUGAAGUUGUUGCUUUGAACAGCUGCUUUCCACAGAACGAGCAAGAGCACAGACCCUGCGACUUGUCUGAGACAUUAUAUCGGAAAGAAACAGAUGUAACAUACCGUUUCCAUGAAUUCAUGCUUAACACAAUCAAUCUGCGUGUUUAUCAGAUGACCUGUGAGACAGAGCAUGUAGAUACCUCCUUUCUGGGGAAAACUGAUGUUCAAACACUGUGUGGACAGACUGACUGUUCUUAUCUGAUCUGUGAGACUAAUUACAUAGCAAACAGCUGCUGUGGUGCAAAAGCUGCAGAUGAGGACAAAACUUCAGACUGAGCACAGAGUGAAUUCACUUAAGCUUUACUCGCAUGAACUGGACUGCUGUUUGUGCAGUGUGUGUUCGUUGACAUGUACUGUAUUGCCUGCCAAUGUUCAGAUUGGACAGACCUCAGCUGUAGUUGUAGCAAUUAGAAAAAUGUUUUGUUUAGUAGUAAAAUUGUACAGGAGGAGUUAUCAGGGGGAAUCAACGUUGGUUUGAUCUUAUAAUCUUCAUAGCUUGUGAAUACAGCAUUAAACUACAUUUAAUACAUUAAGGAAGACGGCUGAUAUUUGGAGUUUUGAGUUUUCUGUGACACUGAUGGAUGAU